AUGGGUGGUUCAUUCUCCUCAUAUGAGGUUGAUGGAAUCAAGUAUAGCCAAGACCAGCUACUCGAGAAGCUGUGGUCAUGGUGCGAGGGAUUGGACAAUGAAAUCAAAGCUAUCAAUACGAGGAUAAACCAAGACAACCAUUCACAAAACACAGGAUCGAGCGCAGAUGUCCAACCUCUUUCUAAAAAGAUUGAUGAUGUUAGCGCAGAAAACGGUCGCUUGCGCGCCGAUAUUACUGCUCUUUCUACGAAAAUCGAUCAAAAUAUUGCAGAUAGCAUUCACUGGAAGUCAGACGUUGGGGCUCUACCUUCCAAGUUUCGUAACAUCCUCGGCGCAGAGGUGGAUACUAUGAACGCGAAGUACAGGGCCCUUUCUACAAAGGUUGACAACGGUUUCAACAACACUCCACCAGCUAUCAACCGGGGACUUGCUAUUGGGCUUCCUCUUGGCCUCGGCAUCCCUCUAACUAUAGCUGUGGUUUUCUUGUGUGCCAUGUGGAUUCGUCGCAGAUAUCCAUAUAUACCGCAACACAUGAGUAAUGAGGAAGCUCAGAACUAUAUCAAAAUACACAAUGCGACACGGCGCAAAACUCUCACUGAGAAGGUCUGCGAUCUUUUCGAAGCCCUAGGUUUAAAAAAGAAACAGGCUGUUCCAGAGAUCUAUGUCAUGAACAACACACCCACGAAAUGA